CACCGCGGACGAGCGCAGCCAGCAGCGGCCGCCGUCGCCGUCGCCGCCGCCGCCGCCGGUGACCGCGUCGGCGGGCGAGGACGCGGUGAGCGUGGGUCGCGCGCUCACCGGCUUGGUGCUGUGCGCCCUGAUCGUGUCCACGCUGCUGGGCAACACGCUGGUGUGCGCCGCCGUGGUCAAGUUCCGCCACCUGCGCUCCAAAGUCACCAACUCGUUCGUCAUCUCGCUGGCCGUGUCCGACCUGUUCGUGGCCGUGCUCGUCAUGCCGUGGCGCGCCGUGUCGGAGGUGGCGGGCGCGUGGCUCUUCGGCCGCUUCUGCGACACGUGGGUGGCCUUCGACAUCAUGUGCUCCACGGCGUCCAUCCUCAACCUGUGCAUCAUCAGCAUGGACCGCUACUGGGCCAUCUCCAGCCCCUUCCGCUACGAGCGCAAGAUGACGCGCCGCUUCGCCUUGCUCAUGAUCGGCGUGGCGUGGACGCUGUCCAUCCUCAUCUCCUUCAUCCCGGUGCAGCUCAACUGGCACCGGGACGCGGCGGCGGGGGCGGCGCGCGCCAACUCCGACUGCAACGCCAGCCUGAACCGGACCUACGCCAUCGCGUCGUCCCUCAUCAGCUUCUACAUCCCCGUGCUCAUCAUGGUGGGCACGUACACGCGCAUCUUCCGCAUCGCGCAGACGCAAAUCCGCCGCAUCAGUUCGCUGGAGCGCGCGCCCGCGCAGGACGAGAGCGCGCUGAAGAGUUCCUUCAAGAGGGAGACCAAAGUGCUGAAGACGCUGUCCGUCAUCAUGGGCGUGUUCGUCUUCUGCUGGCUGCCCUUCUUCGUGCUCAACUGCGUGGUGCCCUUCUGCCAGGCGGCGGACUGCGUCAGCGACACCACCUUCAGCAUCUUCGUGUGGUUCGGCUGGGCCAACUCGUCGCUCAAUCCGGUCAUCUACGCCUUCAACGCCGACUUCCGCAAGGCCUUCUCCACCAUCCUGGGCUGCAACCGGCUGUGCUCCGCCUCGGCCGUGGAGGCCGUGGACUUCAGCGACCAGCUGGUGUCCUACCACCACGACACCACCGCGCCCAAGGAGGCCGCCGCCGCCGCCGCAGGGCCCCGGCGCCACCGCUUCGACCAAGUCUCGGUGGUGUCGGACGACUCUCGGACCCGCGCCGACCCGCCGCUGCCCGCCGUCCUGCGGAGCGAGGCGGACAUCUCUCUGGACAUGACGCCCUUCGGUGACCCCUACGCCGUCCCGGGUCACGUGCAGGACCCGUGACCCUUCCACGAGGGUUCUUUUAAUAAUCCCUUCGUCUCUCCGUUACGUUUUCCGAUGAAUCGGAUUCAAAGAAUCGAUGUUUUUUCAUUUCCGUCCCACGUGAUUUCAAAUUGACAGUGAAGAAAAUGCACAAAAACUCUUUGAUGAGGAUUCACUUCCCGGUUUGGUACGUAAUAUCUGGCAGAAAAUCGGCAAAAAUGUCGAUGAUUGCGUUCCAAAGUACAAACGUUUGCAAAUGUCUCAUUUUGAAAAAAAUCACAUCAAAUAACCAGUCGACAGAAAUCGGAGAAUAUUCACUGUUGGGCGGCUGCAAUUCUGAAGAUUUG